GUAACCUUAUUUUUGGAAGGAUUUGAAGCUUGUCUUUUGGUGGUUUUUUUGGUCGAGUAAACGACUCCUAGAGUACCUUCAGUAGGCCUAAAGGCCUCACCUCUCCUGACAUUCAAGUUGCGGACAGACAUCCAACUUCAUUUGUUUUCUUAAUGCUUUUGCUUGAAUAAUGGGAUGGGGUUUCAAUACAUGUGGGCCGAACGAGGCUAUGGUUGUGUCUGGCUGCUUUUACAAACGUCCCCUUUUGGUUCCUGGUGGGCGGGUAUUUGUCUGGCCAGCUAUACAGAGAAUCGAAAGAAUCUCAUUGAAUACAAUGACGUUAAUCAUUGAAAGUCCAAGAAUCUACACUCAACUAGGCGUACCGAUUACAGUGACUGGUGUUGCACAAGUAAAAAUCAAUGGGACGAAUAGAGAAAUGCUGGCAGCUGCAUGUGAACAAUUUUUAGGCAAAUCCGAAAAUGAAAUACGUGAAAUAGCUCAAGAAACUCUUGAAGGUCAUCAACGUGCUAUCAUGGGCAAUAUGACAGUUGAAGAAAUCUACAAGGAUCGAAAGAAAUUUUCCAAAGCUGUUUUUGAAGUAGCCAGUUCUGAUUUAGUCAAUAUGGGGAUUAGUGUUGUCAGUUAUACACUGAAAGAUAUUAAAGAUGAUGAGGGUUAUUUAAACUCUCUUGGAUUGGCAAGAACAGCUCAAGUGAAGUGUGAUGCACGUAUCGGUGAGGCUGAAGCACGUCGUGAUGCUGGAAUUAAAGAGGCAGAAGCUGAGAAACAACGUGUUGCUGGUCGAUUAUCAAAUGAUAUUGAAAUAGCCAAGUGUAAACGAGAUUUUGAAUUGAAAAAUGCCAGUUAUGAAAAAGAAGUACAAGCACGUAAAGCUGAAUCGGAAUUAGCCUAUGAAUUACAAGCAGCAAAAGUGAAACAAAAAAUCAAAGAAGAAGAAAUGCAAAUCACUGUACUUGAAAAAACUCAACAAAUUCAAGUAGAAGAAUUGGAAAUUGUACGACAAGAACGUCAUUUAGACGCAACUAUACGUAAACCAGCUGAAGCGGAACGUUUCCGUUUAGAACGAUUAGCAGAAGCGGAUCGUUUGCGUUUAAUUGCUGAGGCUGAAGCAGAGGCAGAAUCAAUUCGAUUACGUGGUCGUGCAGAAGCUGAAGCAUUAGAGGCGAUAGCACAUGCUGAAGCCGAACAAAUGGCUAAGAAAGCAGAGGCGUGGAAAAAUUAUCAGAAUGUUGCCAAAUUAGACAUGGUCUUACAAUCAUUACCAAAAAUUGCUGCUGAAAUUAGUGCACCACUGACUAAGUGUGAUAAAGUGACAAUGGUGUCCACGGGCGAUGGAGAAAUUGGUGUAGCCAAGUUAACCGGGGAAUUAUUCACAAUUAUGAAUAGUCUACCACAGCUGAUACAGUCAAUGACUGGCUUAGAUAUUUAUAAAAAUAUUAAGACGGCAUAGGAAAAAUUAAUCCCCGGCAGAAAGGCAGGAAGGAAGUAAAGAAGACCAACACCCUUGUCGAAGACAAUCAUACUUCCACUAGCUUACUUACUAACAACAUAAAUUUUUGCAUAUAAAGUGAACUGUGCGUUUAUUGACUUUAUUAUUAUUGUUGUUAUUAUUGUUACUACUGAAACUAUGAAUUAUUAUUAUUAUAAUUUUUAUGUAUUUUAUCGCCUUCAUCCAUGUUUCUACUUUUCUCUGUCAGUUAAAAAUGGUAAUAUUUCUUCGUAUAUUUGUUGUCGCCUACUUGUGAGUAGUAUAAUGGAAUACAUUGAAAAAAUAUUUAUGAAUCGAUGA